AUGAAUAUGGAUCAGAUGGAAUCUAUUCCUAGCAAUUUUUGGGAUGAUUAUCUACAAGGAAACAAGGGCACUGGCACAGGCCAGCAGGAACUCAGUGCGGCUAAUCUUCAAUCAUUCUCGACCAAUAAUGGCACGAUGUUUGCUGAACAACAACAGCAACAAUACCCUCUAGCUCAAAAUUCAGACCCUUUCAGUAUUGAGAACCUACAGUUAAGCAACAAUCAUAGCUUGGGAUCCGGGUCCUUCCUGGCCUCUCCGGAUCAUUCUGCAGCUAAUAUGUCACAGUCUUUGAACCAAUUAAUUAGUAAUAUCAAUGAAACUCAAAAGGAAGUGAGUAUAAUAAAAGAGGAGCUCAACAAGGAUUUGUUUCCAGGUGAUACCGAUAUUGUUGCUGCUGCUGCCGCUUCUGGAAACAAUAGCAAUGUAUCCGCUAACAUCAUUGAGAGAAACUCCAAAGAAGAUACACGUUUAAAAGGUCAGCAAAUGGUGGUGGAUAAAAGAAAGUCGCAAAACAGAGCUGCUCAAAGAGCUUUCAGAGAACGUAAAGAACAGAAAUUAAAGGAACUAGAAAAAAAACUAGAGGAAAGUGAGGCAGAAAAAAAAAAGGUUUUUGAAGAAUUGGAAAAAUUGAAGCUAAAGAACAUUAUUAUUACUACAGAAAAUCAAAUGCUCAUCAAAAACAAAAAUAAACCCCCGGUUAAUGACAGUAUUCCAACUCCAAACUCUUCAAGUGUAUACGAUGGUGACUUCUCAGCAUUUAGACAACCACCACAAAGAGAACCGGUGGAUCAAAAGUUCACUUUCCCUUGUGUCGAACCCAAUAAAUCACUUGUUGACACUUCAAUAAAGCACGGAUCAGCAAAUACAGAAGCGCUUAUCUAUGCUGAUCCAGAUACUGAUGGUGGUAGAUUGUUGACGAUGCAAGCUGUGUGGGACUACAUUAAUAAAUUUGAGGAACUUAAUUCAGCACAUGAAAUCGAUAUGGCUCUAGUCAUGGAAGCCUUGGAAGGCACAGAAAAGUGUCAUGGUCUAGGUCCAGCGUACUCUUUGGAAAAACUCAACAGUGCUUUAUUCAAGCAACUCAGCAAUUAA